AUGCUCGAAAAUGUUAACAAUAUCUGCUCAGAACUGGAUGUGACAAAACACUCUAAUUUAACUGCUGUAUCUGUAUUAAAUAAUGAAAACCUCCCUAUAUCUAACGAAGCAACUAUAAACAAUUUUGAAAUGUCACUCGAAUCUUCUGCUUAUAUAGAUAAAGUUGUUUCAAAAUUAUCACUUUCAGUAGGAAAAACUAUUCCUGAAACCAUAAGACGCAUGAUGCAAAAACUAUUUGUCGAUGAUUGGUUACGCAAUUACUCCUAUAUUGGAUUUAAAGGUAAAAACAAAUUUUCUUCUUUGCACUCGUGUAAAAUAUUAUUUGAAGCUGUUUGA